AUGCUGGCAUACCCCCUGCAGAAGUUCGGCUAUGUGGACGUGGAGCCCGACUGGCCGCUGCUGCCAAGGGAUCCAACGGCCAUCCCAGUGGUCGUGGUGUGGCUUGGCGCCAUGGGGCUGGGUCACAUCAACCAUGGCAAAACCACCUUGCUGGAUGCUCUUUGUGGCACCAAUGUGGCGCCUCAUGAGCCGGGUGGCAUCACGCAGGAUGUCCGCGCCAUGACGGGCCGUGUCUUGGGUGAUGAGGUUGAGCUGAAUCUGCCAGGUGGAGCUGGGGAUGGGGCUGAGGAUAAACCGACCGCAGUUUUCGCUCGGCCCCUUGACUGGGCAGGGAAAGUCAGCGAGAUCCCGUGGUGGCCGACUUGGGCCAUUUCGGCCAUGCUGUUUCCUCAGAAGGAGCAUCAUGACAGUCAGAGAGGCAAAUCCCUGGCGACGCAAUAUUUCGAGGGCGACACACCAGAGGUGCUGAACCAGCAGCAAGCUUGGCUUCCCGGGCUUCAAGAAUAUCUACCACCCUGGUGGCUUUCCUGUCUCACUGGACCAGAAGCACACGCCCCCAUGGUGCAGCAGAUCUGGGCUGCUCGCAGCGAGCUCGAUGAUCAUCACCUCGGCGUUGGGUGGCCAAGAGCCAAUCCGGACCUUCGGGGGGAUGAGAUGACCCGAAAGGGCAUCUCCUCGUUCAUGGACCCCCAGAAAAUUCAGACCUGUCUGAGUUUGGCCUCGUUGGAACGUCCACCUUUGGAAGGUCCGCCACCAGGCUUUCCUCUCAAGGUGAAAGAACGCACUCAGGCAUGGAGUUGUCCCUGUCCGUUCACUUCGCCGUGGGGCCUGGCCGAGGACUGCGGGACGAAGAAGGGUGAAGAUCAGUGCCGCGCCCAGAGCUUCAAUGCGAGAUCUUGCCCCUUCCCAGUUGCAACGGAGCCCACCCAGGCCAAGGCCAAGGCCGCCGGAAUGAGCGUGGUGGUGCGGAACGCGCAGCCUCUUCCCACAGGCCGCGUGGUCAGGGAGGCUUCGGACGGGGACCAGUUCUUUCCAGAGGUUGUCACAGGUGAAACCGCCGUAGAGACCAGCUUGAAGUUGAGCUCGGAGAAGACGGAGGAGAUGAUCAAGACUGCGACGAAAGUGUUGAGUGAUGACCUGCUCAAAGGCAAAGCCCAAGCGAGUCCGCGGACCGAAAGCACCGACACACCCCGGGAGCCCCCAAAGCAAUGGAAGAACAAACGCGCAAAGAAGAGGGGCCAUGAUUCAGGGCCUAAGAAUUCCGUGGUCGAAUAUGUCUUCCAGCCUGACCACUACUUACUGGAGGAAUUUGAGCUGGUCCCGAAGGGCAUUGAUCGCGGAGGCAAAAAGACCAAGGGGAUCGCCGAACAAUGCAACGGCAAGGUGCGGUUUCGAGGAAUGGGAAGCAGGUAUUUUGAACACAAAGAUCGUGAGGCACCGAUUCCUUUGAGACUCUGUAUCAGCUGCCCACCGGAGAACUUUAAGGAAGGACAAGAAGAGGCCAAAAAACUUUUGGCCGAGUUGCAGAAGGACUUUGUCACAAAAUGCCGUGAACACAAGAAAUGGCCACGGCCCGGAUGCAAGACGUUCUACUCAGAGUACAUCAGGGCACCGGGCACAGCCGUCUGGAUUCGAACAGAUGGCCCAGCCUUGGCCUUCGAGGAGCAAUGA